AUGGCGAAGAUCAACGCGACCUACAGCUCCGGCUACUACCUCGCGCCGGACACCGACUACCGCAAGCUCGAGGAGCAGCAGCAGCGGGAGCGGAAGCGGCGGCGGCAGGAGGAGCGGGAUGGCGACGCAGACGCGUCCGCCGCCGGCGGGGCCAUUCGACAGACGUUCGCGAUACCGUUCAACGUCAUUUGCCUGCACUGCAACCGCCGCAUCGCGCGCGGGACGCACGGGUACGUCAACCGGCGCCCGACGAAGGAGAAGUUCAUGGGCAUCCGCAUCUGGGAGCUCGAGUUCCGCUGCAUCUUCUGCAAGCGGCACAUCUACUUGACCACGGACUACGAAACCGCCAAGCUGACGGGUGGGUAUCACUGCAGCCGCAACUGCAGGCGCGGUGAAGGCGACUUCUACGGGACGAAUCAAAUCAAUGAGGCCAUUCGGGCGAAGCAGGCGACGGAGGAGGCGGAAAAGGGGUCACUGGAUGCAUUGGAGCGGGAGAAUGAGGCGAUGCGGCAGCUGCAGGAGCGUGAGCGUCUGAUCGAGGAGCUGGUGGAGUCGCGGGCCGCCACGGAAGAGGAACAGACCCGCGACGAACUCCUGCAGGCGAUCCAGGCACGGAAGCGGGGGACGGCGACGCGCCAGCACGAGGGCGAGGCCAGGGAGGAGGAGGGGGAGGAGACAGGCGACCCCGUAGACAAGGCCUCUGCCGACGACGAGGACGACGCGGCCUACCGGCGCUUCGAGGCGCAGCUGCGGUACUGGCAGGAGGAGGCGGAGCGGGCGCUGCAGGGGCACCCAAGAGGUGAUGCCGGGGCGGAGGACAAAGUGGCCGCGACGAUCACAGCCAAGUACACCGAUCACGGGGACAAGCGGCGGAAUGUCUUCAUGGGCGGAUCGGACUCCGGCUCCGACACCGAGGAGGACAAGGGCGGCCGUGGGCCCCCCAUGAUGGCAGUGAAGAAGGAUCCAGGGAGGCCCCUGGUGGCAGCAGCCGGCACUACUUCCACUACUACUACUAAACGCCGCAACGGUAGCGCGCUGGCGUCCCUGCUGGAUGACUUGUAA